AUGGAGCCUGAAAACAUGCAGGGUAAGAAGGUGAGCGGUCUCGAGGGCAGAAGGGAGCUUAGGAAGGGGAACAAAGUGAACAGCUUUGGAAAAACGGUCAACAACCGUGAGGAUGGUGGUGUUGCCGUCAGACGGGGGAAGACCGGUAACAAAGUUGAGGGCGAUGUGAGACCAGGAGCGACUAGGGGUUGGGAGGGGAAGCAGGGGGCCAGCCGGAGGAAGUGGACCAAUCAGAAGGCUCGCAAAGAUGUGGGAGCCUUCACUGGGCCAAUCGAAGGCCUACCAGAGCUGAUUGCUACCUGCAAUGGCAGAGAAAGUGUUUUCUUUUCUAUGGUCAACCAAGAAUUUCAUCCAACUCAGCUCUCCCAGGCCUGGGCUUUCCUCAAUCACCUCCCAGUUCUGGAGGUCCAUUUGAGCGUGAAGGGCUGGUGGGAGCAGAGCCAGGAGCAGAUGGAGCGUACCGUUCCUGCUGCAGGGACCAACCUGAGAGAGGACAGCAGCUGGUUGGACGUGCACGCUGACCAGGAGUAUGUGCUGCAGGUGUCACUGCGACGUCUCAGCAUGGGCCAGCAGAGGAGACAGCAGGACAGUAAGGCGCAGGCCCCCAGGUUCCCUAAAGUGAAGGAUGAGGGCUGGUUCCUGGUCCUGGGGGAGCUUGAACACAAGGAGCUACUGGCUGUGAAGCGGGUCGGUCCGGUCCGCAGCCACACUGCUGCAGCCGUGGCCUUCUACACUCCAGAGACGACUGGAAAGUAA